AUGAUUAUUGCACCUAUGCUAACACGAAUUGUCGGUCACAGGAGAGACUUUAACAUUGUCGUACUCGGCGCUGGCGGUGUUGGCAAGAGCUGCCUCACUGCGCAAUUCGUCCAGAACAUAUGGAUUGAAGCGUACGAUCCUACGAUCGAAGACUCCUACCGAAAGCAAAUUGAUGUUGAUUUAUCUAGUUUGGACACGGCAGGGACAGAGCAAUUUACUGCGAUGAGAGAGCUGUACAUGAAAACAGGCCAAGGAUUCUUACUCGUCUUUUCAAUAAUCUCGCAAAGCAGUCUUCACGAACUCUCCGAGCUCCGAGAACAAAUCAUCAGAAUCAAAGAUGACGAAAACGUUCCCAUCGUUAUCGUUGGCAACAAAUCCGAUUUAGAAGAAGAUCGAGUGAUCAGCAGGUCGAAAGCUUUCAGCGUAAGCCAAAGUUGGGGGAAUGCACCUUAUUACGAGACGAGUGCUAGAAGACGUGCAAACGUAGACGAAGUCUUCAUCGACCUCUGCCGCCAAAUCAUCCGCAAAGACAACACCACCCACGCCCAACGCGAAGAAGACCCUUACGCGCAGUACCGCGAUCCAGGUCGCGAGCGUCACGCCCACCGAAAACGCAAAACCCAUCGUAGGAAGAGAGAGGGUGGUUGUAUGAUUUUAUGA